AUGACUGCAUACCCUGAUGUUGCGGCCUGGGAUCUUGACUACACAGUCUGGCCUUGUUUUUGCGAUACACAUAUCAGUCCUCCAUUAAGGCCCGAAACAAAUGUGGAUGGCGAAGUGCUGGAGCUGGUCGAUUCGCAUGGCUAUAAAGUGUCGUUAUAUAAGGAGAUACCACGGAUAAUAAAUGAUUUAAAGGCGCAUAAUGUAAAACUGCUCAGUGCAUCUCGUACGUGGGCUCCUGAAAUUGCCAUUGAGAUGUUGAAGCUCUUCAAAAUUAAGAUGAACGGUGAAAUAGUCAGUCUUUACUCCGUUUUUGACGACUUUAACUGGGGGGACCAUCCAAAGAUUAACCAUAUUAGGAGUGGUAUUAAGACCGUGUAUGGCAAGGACAGUCUAAAUCAACUGAAAGUAUGUUUAUUUGACGACGAGAGUCGCAAUAGGGAUGUCGAAAAAUAUGGUAUAAAAUAUCUACAUGUUAAGGAUCCUGUUGAAGGACCUUCUUGGAAGAUGUAUAAAAAUUAUCUAGAAAGUCUAGAUAGCUGA